ACUUCUUUAAUGCUCAAAAUACCAGGCUCUAGCAUAACUCAUUGUACUUCACUCCAAUAGCAACACGGUCCUACUGUGUGCCAGGCACUGGACCAGGCUGGGAGUGCAGGGAGAACACAAGUGAACAAGACCCAAACCCCACACUCCAGGCCUCACAGCUGAUUGGUGGAAACAGGCCAGUGUCCAAUCUCAGGGUGGAGAGAAGCCCCAUUUGUCUGGAGAACCGGGGCAGGACUUGAGAAGUAGGUGGCUUUUAUGGCAGGCAGCUAAAGGCUUUCAGGAAGCCACCUUUCCGAGAAGGUGAAAGACAUUCAGGUGGAGGAAACACAGAAGCAAAAGCACUGUUGGAAGGAGCUGGGCAUGUGUGGGCAAGGACCAGUGGAUGCAGAAGGUGGGAGAUCACCUGCAAAGGCAGGUGGGGGCUGUUCACGGAGGCUCUUGAAUGUCAGGUGAAGUGGCUGAUCUGAAUCCAGUGAGCAAUAGGGAAUCAUUGAAGGUUUAUGAGCUGUGGAGUGACGGACUCUGAGCUGUGCUUUACGAAGGUGAAUAGGGCUGUGCUGAAUCAGGGAGGCAGAGGCAGGGAGACGAGCAAAGGUUGUUCCCUUAGUGGAGGGGAGCACUAAUGGGCUGUAGGAGGGCCGUGGCAGUCGGGGGCAGAAGGAGCUGAUUCUCCUGUGUGGUAACUGGCUCCUCCUAACUGCCCCCUCAGCCUGAGGUUGGCUUGCCUCCCCACUUCUCUUUUUGUUUUCUGGUUUUUCCCAGUUUAAGCAAAGAAGGAAAUUCACAACAAAGAGUCCCCUCCUCCCUCUCCCUCCUCCAGCCUGGCUCUCUCUUGGCCCAGGUUCUCUUCUGCUGGCUCUUGGCAUCUGGUACCCCUCUGUAGGGUCUCUGGCUGCGAGAUCCCUCUUUUUGCUCCGUCCUUAUCUUCAGAUGCCCAUCCCCCCAGAUCUGGGAGCUGUGCCUGAGCAGUCAGUUUGCCAAUGAAUCACAGAAGCAGUAUGGAUUUAUUCCUAGAAGUUGCCUAUCACCAAGGGACCUCCAAAAGGAAGGGAGACUCUGCCUUUCCCCUAAGGGAACUCACUUUGAGUGGGCCUGCAAGAGCCACACUAGUGAAAACACUAGGGAUCUGCUGGGGGUUGGAAUAUUCUCCCUGCUCAGAGAGGAUCAGUGAGCCGCCUGCGCCACACAGCUGGCCGGUGCAGGAGGUAGGGUUUUGCUUCAGUCUAGUGCCCCACACAUGCCACUUGGAGAAGGGAGAGCAGGGACCUGGUAGUGAGUCACUGUGCCGGGCCUCCUUGAUGCAGUGGGGGAGCAGUUCACCCAGAGAACCUCUGGAGUUUUCUCAGGGCAAAGGCAAAGAGGAGGAUGUGGAGUCUGGACCCCACUUUCCUUGCACCUCCAGGACUCUAGACAAGUAGCCUGUUCGUUGUCGCUGUGACAUUCAUAGCACUGGCGAGGGGCCCCGUCCCAGGGGAUUCCCAGGUCCCGCAGGUGACUCCUCAGGCUUGCGUGACCUCAUAGGCAAAACUCGCUCGGCCCUCCCCGGGGGGCGGGGUUCUAAGCACCCUGGCUCGACCCGGGCCCCCGAAGGUCGCUGAGUCUUGCCCCUCUCCAGCCUGGGACGCGCCAUGGGACAACUGAUCGCCAAGUUGAUGGGCAUCUUCGGGAACCAGGAGCACAAGGUUAUCAUCGUGGGACUGGACAAUGCCGGAAAGACCACCAUUCUCUACCAGUUCCUGAUGAAUGAGGUGGUCCACACAUCUCCCACCAUCGGUAGCAACGUGGAGGAGAUCGUUCUGCGAAAGACACACUUCCUCGUGUGGGACAUAGGGGGGCAGGAGGCUCUGCGCUCUACCUGGAAUACCUAUUACUCCAACACCGAGUUCAUCAUCCUUGUGAUUGACAGCACGGACCGGGACCGGCUGCCGACCACUCGGGAGGAGCUGUAUAAGAUGCUGGCCCAUGAGGCUCUGCGAGAUGCUUCUGUCCUGAUCUUUGCCAACAAACAGGAUAUGAAGAACUCCAUGACCACCAUGGAGAUCUCUCAGUUCCUCACUCUGAGCACCAUCAAGGACCACCCGUGGCACAUCCAGGGCUGCUGUGCCCUCACCGGGGAAGGGCUGCCCGCGGGGCUCCAGUGGAUGCAAUCUCAGGCCACUGCCAACUGAUGCCCCGACCUGAGGCCAACCAAAGACUCCGGGGGGUUUUGCUUGGACUACAUGGGUGGAAAGCCCAAGUGACGAUUACUUUUCUACGAUUCUCUGAUGGGAGCUGAGUCAGCUCUGGACAGUGAGAUCGCCACAGUCCACCCAACCCAACCCCGCCACCGAGGGGCUAGACUGCCCGCCCUGACCUGCUGCAGACAGGCAGGACAGCAGAAGAGCUGCCCUUCACUCCAGGGAAGCAGGGGUCCUCGGAGGCACAGGCGAGCCGUUGGACAUGUGAGGGAUUGGGAAGUGGAGCCCCAUCCCCUCAGCCCGCAACCUCUUUGAGGGAAAAGAAUGGGGGACGGAGCAAGAGACCCCCUGGAAUUGCUCUUUAUUUCCUAGAACCCCACCCCCUAUCCGUCGAUUCCCGCCCCAGCUUUCUGGCCCCUUAGCCAUCUUUGAGCAAAGGAGAUUCCAGAAAGGUGAAGGGGCAGGCUCAGGGCAAGGAGGACAGAGCCAAAAACUGGUGGGAAGGGAGAGGAAGAAGGACGGGACAUCCCCGAUGGGGACAUGCCUUGCACCUCGGGGAGUUCCACCACUCCUCCCAUGCCUUUCAUUUCCCUCUGGGAUGCUGGCUCUGACCCCAGCUUCUGAGCGUUAGCCCAUCCCAUCCUAUGCCCUCCGCUCCUUCCAGUGUGAAUCCCACUCCUCCCACAUGUCUCCAGUUCCUACAGCGUGCCCAUCUCGACUAUCUUUUGUCAUGAUUUUGUCACUGUUUUAGAAUUUUUAUAAAAGUAUAAUAAAUGCCAUUGAAAACUGCUCGCCUCUUA